UCGGCCCUUAGUUGAGCUAAUUGUCGCCUGUUUAAAAUAUAACAUGUAUAGUACGUUAAGUAAGUUAAGUGUUUUAUUAUCCAUUACGAUAAUAAAUCGGUGUCACUAAUUACUUCCGGGGUAAAUUCGCAACUUGGGCACUGUGCUGUUGCGUCACAGUCCGUGUUUAGACUGACCUGUCCCCCCCUCCCCAGCUUUUAUGUACACUGCUGUGCUCGUUGCCGCUGUUGUCGGCGGGGGAGUCCUGCUCCUCGUUCGCCGUUUGUUCCCGCAAAAGAAAGCCGUGAAGUUGCUCCGGUAUCCGUCCCGCACCAUGAAUGGAAAGACGGUCAUCGUGACCGGAGCUAACAGCGGGAUAGGGAAGGCCGUGGCCGGGGAGCUGCUGAAGCUGCACGCCCGGGUCAUCAUGGCCUGUCGGGACCUGCACAGCGCAGAGGAGGCAGCCCAGGACAUCAAGAAGCAAGCGGGACAAGAGCAGGGAGAGGUGGUCAUCAAGCACCUGGACCUGGCUUCUCUUACGUCCGUCAGAAAGUUUUGUAAGGAAAUUAACGAGGAGGAACCCAAGAUCGACGUGCUCAUCAACAACGCGGGCAUCUACCAGUGUCCCUACACGAAGACGGAGGAUGGCUUUGAGAUGCAGUUCGGUGUGAAUCACCUGGGCCACUUCCUCCUCACUCACCUGCUGCUGGACCUCCUGAAGAUUUCGGCUCCCAGUCGCAUCGUCGUGGUUUCCUCCAAACUUUACAAGUACGGCCAGAUCAACUUCGACGACCUGAACAGCGAGAGUAACUACGACAAGGCCUCCUGCUACAGUCAGAGCAAGCUGGCCAACCUGCUCUUCACGUUGGAGCUGGCUCGUCGGCUCGAGGGGACGGGGGUCACGGUCAACGCUCUCACUCCAGGCAUUGUGAGGACCAGACUGGGCAGGCACGUUCAAAUCCCUCUCCUGGCAAAGCCUCUCUUCUCCCUCGCCUCGAUGGUCUUUUUCAAGAGUCCGCUGGAGGGGGCCCAGACUCCUCUCUAUCUGGCCUGCUCCCCGGAGGUGGAGGGGGUGUCGGGGAAAUGUUUCGCUGACUGCAAAGAAGAGGAGCUGCUGCCUAAAGCUACGGAUGGACAGGCGGCCAAGAAGCUGUGGGACAUCAGCAGGAGGAUGGUUGGACUCGAUAAGUGAGCAGAGUCCAGAUCUGAGGGGACUUAAGUGUUCUUGGACCACAUGGUUAAUCUCUUGCAGCACCGUUCCCCAAGAAAUGGGAUGUGAAAAGACCCAUUGCCACCUUGGGAAUACAAAUAUUAAUUGCAUGUUACAUUGUGCCACCGAAGAGUGAUAAUUAAGUGUCUGUGAGCAGGAGUGCUUUGUUGCAGUGGGCUUUUAUUGAAAGAUCGAAAUUUAGUAGUAUUGCAACAUAAAAUGAUGUAUUUUCGUCUCAGUAACUCUUCAGGGUUUCCCUGAAUUCAAAUGUAUACUUCACUUAAGAAAUCUGCUUUCUGGAGAAAUACAAUGCUAAGAACAUGUGACUUCCUACAAAGACGCUGCGAGAUGAGGAACUACUUUUAGUUUGCCCGAAAAAGGAAAUUAAGAAACGUUGAAAUAAAAACAUGAAAAAAUUCUGACUGAAGCUAAAUUUCUGUGGGCUGUCAAUCUAAGAUAGCAUUGUUUCUGGACCUGAACGAGAUUCAAACAAACGCUGACGUCAAAGGGAGUGAAAUCUUGAGCAAAUGGCCUCGUAGUGUCCAUCAAAGCAGAGCUGAGUUGUCACAUUUUCCUGCGUUGUGAGGUCUCAUUAUUGCUUCUGCGAAUCCUGACGGUGGACUGAAACUCAGCUCUGUUAUUGCUAAAUCUGUGCAUACUUUAGCAUCUAUUUUGCUAAGGAGCGGUGGGGGAGUUUAGUCUAGUUUUGCCCUCUUGUUGUGUUUGAAGUGUUAAUGCUCUCUGCCGAGGCUGGAAGAGCUGCAACAAGAAAAAGGUCGACGAUGCAGAUCGGUGAGCUGUCGUUGUGUUACGUGGCUCCCCCUUUUGGAUGUUUUUAGACACGCAACUAAAUCCCUUCUCACCUCUGCAGGAGUCAGGAGAUACAAGGCAGGAUUUACUGCCUGUUAUCAGUGUGUUUUUAAGUGCCUGUCAUUUUCCAAACUGUUUGUAAAAACAAGAGAUACUACAACAAAAUAUGUCUGAAUGUGAAAUUAAAAUGCAUACGAAUAAACCUAAGAACAUUUCUGAGAUGA